AUGAAAUCAACCUCUGCGUCUGCAGAACGACAAGAUGAGAAGCAACAGAAUAUCGAAAUCACAGAAACUACGAACCCCAGAAAUACCCCAGACGAGCACAGUCCUAAUCCUGAACCACUGCGAGUUCUUAGUCUUGUAAACGACGAUGACUCCUCAGCAUCAAGCGCCGGAAUAUCUGUCCUAAAACUUCCAACCCUGAGUCCAGAAUCAACAGAGCGAAUCUUUCCCAUAAGUUCAGUCGUGUCGGUCGAUUCCACCGCAUCCUCCGCUCCGCAAACACCGGCAUUGGAGAAUCUCGUGGAGCAAAACUCCCCUUUCGCCGAAAGUCCCCGUUCAAUUCUUGCUUCGGGCAGGCAGUCAUCAGGCCGGCCGGCUACACCAUCGCCAGGGGACCGCAAGGACGCACCCUCGAUUCAGAGCACAGUAGAAGCCUCUGGGAGUUCUUUGAACGUGACUACAGGAGGCAGGAAGCGACCUGCCUUAAGAAUUGACUUGGCCAGAGGAGCUUCCAACAGAUCGUUCGACGAUGUGAGUGUGUUUUCCCAGGAGGUCUUUGGACUCGUGGAGCCAUCCUCUGCUGAGGCCCAGGACUCCUACUUUGUAGGAGCAGGGUCCUGGGUGGGCCAAGCUGAAGCAGCAAUCUGGAAAAAAGACAUUGCGGAUGCCUCAAACUUCAAGCACAUUCAUGGUCUUGGUGCACUCAUAGUGCUACAGGAAUCCAAAGGAAGACUCAUCGUCCAGCUUGCGAGCAAGAAUACCGAAGAAGUUCUAGGCUACACACCCAAACAGCUUUUUGGGCUAGCGAGCUUCUGCGAUAUCGUCCAGCAUGAUCGGAAAAAAGACUUUCUUGGCCGUUUUAACCUUGUUCGAGACAACUGGUAUAAUGUCGAGCAGCAUGGUCCAGAUAUCCACGAAGUCGAUGUUCACCUAAGUUACGGGACAACGAGGCGUCUUUGGUGUACGAUGCAUGCCACGAAGGCAAACUCCGGUCAUAUCAUAUGUGAAUUCGAAUCGAUGCGAGCCGCUCUUGAUCAUUGGAGAAACUCAGGACCCUCGGCAUCGGUGUAUGCAGUCUAUGACAACACAAGCUCAUACGAGAGAUCCGAUGAGAAGCACAGCACUCCGAAUAUGCCUGCUGAGAUGCAAAACAUGCUGAGGGGAAUCAGAGGGAAUUUCCAGUCUGCGGAUAUGUUGAGCGCCUUGUCACUUGUUAUCCAGCUGGCCGCGAGUACCUCCUCCCUGAGCAUGCUUUUCAAUUACUUCAUUGGCAUCAUCAGGGAAUUGACUGGUUUUAGCCGAGUGACCGUCUUCUAUUUCGAUUCUGACGGGAAUGCGGUUCCUAUGAACGAUUCCGUUGAUUCACGCGUUAUUACUAGUUUCCCGGAAGACCUGCAUUUCCCAAAACCACUUUCUCCGAGAGACUUGCGAAGAUUUCACUUGGGCAACAAAGUUUGCCUCGAAUACAGUCAUAGGCAGUCACACUCUGAGCUGGUUUAUCGUGAUUCUGAGAAUUUGCCGAGGGAGUUUGAUCUAGACCACUGUUACCUGUUGGCGAGAUCACCGUACCUUGUGGAUCAUGUCACUGGAAUGCCCGUCUUCGCUUGCAUGUCUAUCAAUAUAAAUGCCUUUGGACGUGCAUGGGGGCUUAUAAUGUGCCAGUCGUAUGAGAAAGAGAUGCGAUUACCCCCUCCAGUACAAAAGUUCUUUUGGCUAGUUAGCGACACACUUUCAAGCAAUAUUGAACGUCUUUCACAGAAGAUGACUGCCCAGAUGCAGGGUCCUUUCAGUCCUUCGAUUGGUGACGGAAAUGAGAAAGGCGAUAGUUUUCAGGUGAAAGACUUACUGAGCUUGUUCAAGGCGGAUUAUGCUGCAUCCUCGAUGUUGAGUGAAACUAAAAUCCUUGGAAAGCCUCACGAUGCGCAAGAAGUGCUCGCUUUGGUGGAAUACUUGAAACUGAAGAAACUCGGCACUGUCUUGUGUUCAACGGACAUGGGUAGAGAUUUUCCAGACCUCAACUAUACUCCUGGUUUCAAGUAUUUAUCCAACCUGCUGUAUGUGCCCUUGUCAACGGACGGUCGAGAGUUUAUCGUUUUCUUCAAGGCGUCACAAUGUGGAGACGCUCUUCGUGCUGGGACUGAUGACAAUGCUCGAUGCCUGGACCAAGGACAGCCGACAGACCGUGGCUCAGAGGCGAAGGUGGUUGAUCGCGGGUCCGGUGUAUGGAAUGCAGGAGACUUACAGAAGGGCUCCUUUCUGUCCCUGAUAUACAGUGCGAUGCUGAAGGAGGUGUGGCAGCAAAAGGAAACAACAAUGCAAAGUACCCAGCUUAUGCGAUUACUUUUGGCAAACUGUGCUCACGAGUUUCGAACGCCGUUGAAUGCAAUCAUCAACUACCUCGAGAUUGCAUUGGAUGGAGAUCUCAAUCAAGAGACUCGCGAGAGUCUUUCCAGAUCGCAUUCCGCUUCAAAGUCCCUCAUUUAUAUAAUCAACGAUCUCUUGGACCUCACAAAUGCGGAGAACGGUAUCAGCUUGAUCAAGGACGAGAUUUUCGAUCUCGUGGAGACCAUCCAUGAAGCUUCACGCAUUUUCUGUGAAGAAGCAAGGCAGAAGGGUGUUGAGCUUCAUGUUGUACAAUACUCUGAUAUUCCUUCUGUACUGGGAGACCAGCGGCGAGUACGACAGGUUAUCACGAACCUCAUCAGCAAUGCUGUUCAGCAUACGUCUUCGUCUGGAACCGUGACUGUCGAAUCAUGCUUGUUGCCUGAUUAUACCGAGACUGGGAAACUUGGAAUUGAAGUAGCCAUUCACGACACAGGAACUGGCAUGUCUCAGAACGAUAUUGUUGCUCUUUUCUGUGAAUUGGAGCAAGUUUCGAAUGCAGAUUAUAUAAGAAGUCGAAGUCCGCAACGCUGCGACAACGCCAUAACGAGUGGAAGUAGCGGCUCGAGGAACAUACUCGGGCUGGGUUUAGCCCUAGUCGCUCGCAUAGUUCGCAAUAUGAACGGUCAGCUCAGCGUGAAAUCAGAGGAAGGCCAGGGGAGUUGCUUCAGGAUCAAAAUGCAGUUCCCAUUACCGAUCGAUGAGUCCAAUGAAGAGAAACCUGAUUCGAGCAGAGCGUCGUCGGUUGAGAAAGGAAAAGGAAGGCAAAGUGGAGCCGGGGACCACCAAAACGAGCCUCCCAAGCAAGAUGGAACAGACUAUGGCCAAGAAGACCAAGCUCGGACAGGGAAGAAUACUGGAUCCUCAGAGUGUACAGAUUUCACGAAACAUGAGAGCCAUGCAUCAGGCGACACAGUCACAGCGGGUCCUGCUCAACAUGACUCUGCCUCGAAGCAAGAAGACUCCAGUGGCGGAAAAGGGCAGAUAGAGGAAAAGAGCCCAGGCAUCAUACAUCCUGACAUAAGGACAGAGCCUUCGUCUACCGAGGAGGAAGGGCAAGCUGAUCGACCGCAACCUGGGUCCGCGGAGCAAUCUACCAGAGCUUUAGCCGAUGAACUGACCAAGUCAGUGGAGGGAACAGCGGCCGGAUCCUCAGAAAGGAUGGCACAGCCAAGUCAAACCAAAGCCCAAAAUCAGUCCGAUGUCCCACGCAACGAGGUUGCGACUACUGCCUCUGAGGGCUCUUCCAGAAAGAAUCUCCACAUCUUGGUAGCCGAGGACGAUCCGACAAACAGUGCAAUCUUACGCAAAAGACUGGAAAAGUCGGGUCAUACCGUUCAUAUGACUGAGAAUGGAAAGGAAUGUGCUUCUGCAUUCCGUGACAAUGCGCACUCGUUCGAUGCCGUCCUGAUGGAUAUACAGAUGCCGAUCGUGGAUGGCAUGGGAUCAACCAAGAUGAUACGAGAAUGUGAAGAACUGGCAACCUCUUCGAUUUCUGCUUCAGCGACCUGUCAGACUCAGCGGAUUCCGAUAUUCGCUGUCUCGGCAUCUCUGGUGGAGAAGGACCGUCAAACAUAUAUCGACACAGGAUUCGACGGGUGGAUCAUGAAACCGAUUGAUUUCAAACGAGUUGCCCAUCUUCUGGAUGGAGUGCACAAGGAAGAGGCCCGUGAGGACAGUCUCUACAAGCCUGGCAUGUGGGAGAAGGGAGGCUGGUUCGACAAGGGAGGUGAGAGCUAA